AUGAGUAAUGCUUGUGAUUUUUGUCGUCGGAGGAAACUAAAAUGCUCAAAGGAGCUACCCAGAUGUUCUAGCUGUAUCAAGUUUAAUAAAGAAUGUGCUUAUACUCCGCGACAGAGACCAACACCUUUGACGAAAGCAUAUGUACACCAACUUCAAAAGCGGAUUAUCAGUCUAGAAAGUGCAUUGGAGAAACUUUCAACUCCAAACCUGGAAAAUAAUGUGUUACUUGAAAAUCAUCCAACAAUCGAUCAUGAUCGCAAAGAAGUAAAUAGAGAGCUGAUUUACAUUGAUGAUUUUCCGGCUCGAUUCUAUGAACCAAAUAUCCAAGAGGGGCCAAAUUCUGUUAAUAGUGAAACCUAUGAUUACUUCAAAGCUGAGGAUUUUCUAUUUUAUGAAGAUUUCUAUAAUGUAGACGAUUUAGACUGGUAUGAGAAAGACCCAGCUUCAACCAAUGACGAAAUACUGCCUAUAGAUACAAGUAUAGAUAACAAUUCCCCUGAUAGCAUACCACAUUCCACAAAUGGACUAGUAGAUGGUAUGGGUGCCUUAUCUAUUGGAGACGAAUCCCACUUUAUAAAACCUCAUUCUUUUUAUGGAAUAAGUUCGAGUAAUGGACUUUUGAGAUUUUUGAAAAGUUCAGAUGACGAAAGAAAUGAAAACAAUCCUAUCUAUAAGACUAAGCUGGAUUCCAAGUAUUAUUCAAAUCUAGGGUUGAUGUAUGAUCAAAAUAAUUUUAAAUUGCUUAAAAGUGAAAAUUCCGAUAUUAAAUGA